AUGCGGUGUGCAACUUCCAAUGUCGACCUUUUGAUCAUUGGUGCUGGGCCAGCAGGACUCGCUGCAGCGUGCUGGGCAGCUCGGUACAACAUUUCAACACAAAUAAUUGACCAGAAAAGCGGUCGGACAAAAACCGGUCAUGCCGAUGGCCUACAAAGCCGGACUUUAGAAAUCCUAGAUAGCUUUGGGAUUGUCGACCCAAUCUUGAAGCAAGGGACUCCAGAAGUCGACAUGUGCUACUGGGAAAUGGACUCUAAGACAGGGAGAGUUCAACGUGUUGGAAGAGACAAAGCAGAGAUUGGACGCAUGUCCAGAUUUGGGCAAAUAUUGCUUAACCAGGGAUCUAUCGAACAGAAUUUCAUUGACCAUUUAUGCGAGAAAAGCAAUAUUCGAAUUGAAUGGAACAGAAGGGCCGAGUCCUUAAAAUUCGUGGCAUCUGACGAGGAUGGGGAAACAUUCCCAGUGACCGUGGGGGUGGCUUGUCUUGAUGAGGACGAAAUAGGCGGCUCGCAUUCAUCCGGUGCUUUGCAAAUGAUACAUGCACGUUAUCUGAUCGCAUGUGACGGUGCUCACAGCUGGGUCAGACAAAAGCUAAACGUUUCGACUGAUGGGAAUAACAAGAGCACAGAUUGGGGUGUCUUAGACAUAACCCCUACCACCGACUUUCCCGAUAUCCACCAAGCCAGUUCAAUUCAAUCUGGGCCAAAUGGAAGCAUUAUGACGGUACCACGAGAGAACAGCCUGGUGCGUUUCUAUAUUCGCCUCCAGGACGGGCUGAAGGAAGACGGCUCGCCCUAUUCCAGUGACCCACCAAGAGCUUUGGUCGAAAUGGCUGAGCGGACGAUGAGGCCGUAUAAUUUGACUUACAAACAUUGUGAUUGGUGGUCAUACUAUUCGACUGCGCGACGAGUUGCCCAGAACUUCAGACCGCACAAGCGGGUAUUCCUUGCCGGCGAUGCAGCGCAUACCCACUCCCCAAAAGGGGGACAGGGCAUGAAUGUCUCGAUUCAGGAUACAUACAACCUUGUCUGGAAACUUGGAGCUGUGCUCACCGAGGGUGCAGAUCCUGUUAUCUUAGAAACUUACGACACUGAACGCCGUUAUGUUGCCAAGAAAUUGAUGGAUUUAGAUGCACAUCUUGUGGAUGCAUAUGAAAACCAUCAAAAUGGAGAAAGUAGCGGAGUGUACGAGGUCCGCGAAAAAUAUUCCGCCUUUAUGUCAGGAGUGGGCGUAACUUAUGGCCCGAGUGUCUUGAUCGCUGAUGGUGAGACGCAUGGCAACCCGGCUUUGGCACGAAAUAUCAAUCUGGGUAUGCGUCUGCCUUCCAAUACGGUCACUUACCAACGCGAUGGCGCUUCCAUUCAUUUGGCGCAGAGGCUUACCAGCGAUGGAUCGUGGAAACUCUUGGUAUUUGCGGCUGACCUAGGUCAGCCGAAAAAAAUAGAGACUCUGGUAAAGCUGGCAGAUUACUUUACCGACAGGUCGCUAUUGCGUCUACCUCAGAAAAAGGAUGUGAAGAGCCGCGGACCUAUGAUCGAUUUACUUCUUAUACAUACAAGUUCGAAGAACACAGACAUGUUAUCGGACUUACCAGAGAUUUUCCAUCAAUUCGAUGAGGUGCUAGGUUGGGAUGACUGGAAAGUCUUCGCAGAUGAUAAUGGACAGGCCUACGAUGGCUACGUUCUCAACCUCGUUACAGCUGACCCAGGCCUGCCGCGACCUAAUCCGACACAGUCCUACUGGCAGCACGUUCCACAUGCUCUCGCCGAUGUUCAAUCCUCAAAAUUGCCAACUGACCGAGAUUUUGCGAUCAUUGGGUCUGGUAUCACAGGUCUAUCAGUGGCUAGAUCCCUCUUAGAACGCCAUCCUACUGCCACAGUAACCGUUUUAGAAGCCCGUGCACUCUGUUCAGGUGCGACUGGACGCAAUGGUGGACAGAUGGCUGCGAAUGCCGGAGAGGAGUAUUUGCAUCUUGCAGAGACUCAUGGAGUCGAAACGGCGGGCAAGAUUGUCGAUUUCACAUUCCGCAAUUUGGAGCAGAUGCAGGAAUUGAUUAAAGAGUAUGAUGCCGUGGAGUUGAGUGAGAUGCAACGACUGCAGAAGCUGCGAGUCUUCUUGACCCAAGGGAAGUUUGAUGACUUUAAGAAAAGUAUCGCGCGCCUGGAAAUGGAUCAUCCUUCUAAGAAAGGGCUAUAUACAAUUCUGGAUGCGGAUGCUGUGCUCAAGGAGUACGGAAUUCAUGGCGCAUCUGGUGGAGCACUGCUUCCAGCUAGAACAGUUUGGCCAUAUCGUCUUGUCACCAAAGUAUUCGCAGCACUCUUGGAAAGAUAUCCAGGCCGCUUGACAAUUGAGACAAAUACACCUGUUGAGUCUGUUGAGCACAUGUCAACCCUUACAUCGCUCACCUCGAGACUUUAUCCGUAUACACUACACACUCCUCGUGGUUCACUACGAGCACGGAAUGUAGCUCAUUGCACAAAUGGGUACAGCGGACAUCUUCUUCCUCGCCUAAGAGGGCUUGUCCAUCCUUUCAAGGGCACAAUGACAGUUCAAGAUCCGCACAAUGCAGUGUCAAAUCAAGGCACAGCUGUAUCAUGGGGCUUCCACUACCCUCCAUCCUAUGAUCCUGGAACCAAACGUCUUGGGUAUGGACUGUACUACCUAGGACAGAGUGCAAAAACCGGUUAUUUCUACUUCGGCGGCGAGAAUGCGCGUCUUGAGGAGUCAGUAUCUGCAGAUGACACCUUCGUGGCCGACCACUCCGUUGAACACUUGGAGGUCGUGCUGCCACGAUUCUUUGGCAAAAAGGACAGGUCCGAUUGGUGCCUAGUCAGUGCGUGGAGUGGAAUUAUGGGUUAUUCCUCUGACGGUCUGCCGUUGGUCGGGCGGUUGUCGCCAGCGUUAACGGGUCGGAAAGGUGACGGCGAAUGGAUUGCUGCUGUAUUCAAUGGAUAUGGUAUGGCGAACAGCCUGAUGAGUGGCGAGGCGUUGGCUAUGAUGAUGUUGGGUGAGGAUGUUAGUGACUGGCUUCCAGUUGCAUACGGAAUGGGCGAAAAGAGACUGCAAGAGACGCUCACAGUCUCAGGGGCCGUGGAUGCACUACGCUCGAAGCUAUGA